GAGUCUCAUUGUUGAUCACAACACGUUUUUUCGUACCUAACCUCGAGGCCCGUUCUGUUGAUUGUUGUUCAACCAGCAAAUUUGCUUUUAACGCAUCGGACUUUCAAUGGCGCUAACGCUCGUGUUUUAUUGCAGGAAACAUGCCUGAAUUAACGGAAAUCGAUGCGACGAAAAAGGUGAGCUUCGAGGAUCCCAAGAAGGACGCUGCAGACAGUGACAGCGAUUCGAGCGGCGUAGAUGUUGCGACCGGUAAGGGUGGCGAGGGAGCAAGCGGCGUCACCGCAGAAGACUUGUCCAACAAGGCCAGACAGUCGAGAGGCGAGAAAAAAGCCAGAAAAAUCAUAUCUAAACUUGGUCUCAAGCAGAUCCACGGAGUCAAUCGAGUGACCAUUCGCAAGUCCAAAAAUAUUUUGUUUGUCAUCAACAAUCCUGAUGUCUUCAAGAACCCAGCUUCUGACACUUACAUUGUGUUUGGUGAAGCCAAGAUCGAAGAUUUGAGCCAGCAAGCGCAAGUUGCAGCUGCUGAGAAAUUCAAGUCUGCUGAUAUGAUGCCGAAUGUAUUGGACAAAGAUGGUGCAUCCAGGCCAAUGGUCAGCCAGCCUAUCCAAGAAGAAGAAGAGGAAGAAGGCGAGAUUGAUUACAAGGGAGUAGAAGAAAAGGAUGUGGACCUAGUUUGUGCGCAAGCACAAGUGACCAAACGCAAGGCCAUUGAAGCGCUGCUAAAGAACAACAACGAUAUUGUCAAUGCUAUUAUGGACUUGACGAUGUAAAAUUAAGAUACAUAUAUAACGUUUUAAGGGAGAGAAUUAUCAUUGUUUAUACUUUAGACUGAUAAUGAGAUCCGUUAAUAAAUAAGCAGGUUUACUACAUGAUCUUCUGUAAAAUUGAUUAUUUCCUUCACGUUAUUUGUAUAUACUAUUUUUCGGUUCAAUACAAAACUUUCUCUGGCUACAAUAUUGAGUUACUUCAUUUUUAUAGCAACCUUAUAAAUAUGCAUUGAUUUAUUUUAUCUCUUAGCUCAGCUAUAUAUUAUUGUCUCUUAAAGUUAAGUACAUAAUACUAUCAUAUAAACAAUUUUUUUGGUGUUUGUUGAAUUACUUUUUAAAAUAACAUUUAAAUAAUAUAGUUGUGUUGUUUGAUAGACAGUCAUUUCAAUAAUCUCGGUUUUAAGUUACACUAUUAAAAAAUGUUACAAAUAAUAUAAAUAAAAAUAAUUGUUAACAUCA